AUGCUGCCCAAAAGCAUCCUCCUCCAGCUCUCUGGCUGGCUACUAGCCUCCCCCUUUGCCUUUGCCAAAGACCCCACAGUGACCAUCAACACCGGGACCCUCAUCGGCCGCUCCCUACCAGAGUUCAACCAAGAUGUCUACCUCGGCAUCCCGUACGCAGCGAAGCCGGAGCGGUUCACGCCCGCCACGCUGCUGACGACAAAGUCGAAGGAGGCGAGCGAGGUGAAGCAGUAUGGCGCGUCGUGCCCCUCGUAUGGCAGUGAUACGACGGUGCUGCUGGAGAAGGGCAUGAUCACGCUGGAUGAGGACUGCUUGAACUUGAAUGUCAUUGUGCCGAAGGGGUAUGAGAAGAAGGAGUUGCCGGUGUUGGUGUGGAUUUAUGGUGGUGGGUGGAUGCAGGGAACUACAGCGGAUCCACGUUACAACAUGAGCUACAUCAUCGAGCAAAGCGCGGAAAUGGGUAAGCCCGUUAUCGGUGUCUCAAUGAACUAUCGUCUCGGUGGUUUCGGCUUUCUGUACGGUCAGGACGUUCUGAACUCGGGAAAUACAAACCUCGGCAUAAGAGAUCAGCGUGUGGCUCUGGAAUGGGUCCAAAAGAAUAUCAAGGCUUUCGGAGGUGACGCGGACAAGGUUACGAUCUGGGGCGAGUCGGCGGGAGCUUUCAGUGUCGGGAAUCAUCUACUGGCGUACGGUGGGCGUGAUGAUGGUCUAUUCCGCGCAGCGAUUUUGCAAUCCGGCAAUGCUAUCGGCCCCCCACACAACGACACCCGAUGGUACCAGCCCCUCUACGACCGCAUCACGACCACGACCGGCUGCUACAACGCAACUGACACGCUCCAAUGCCUACGUGAGGUGCCAUACGACAGCAUCUACCCCGCCAUGAACGUUGGAUAUGAAUGGUUCGCAGUAGUAGAUGGCAAUUUUGUCGAGCAAUGGCCUGUGCUGUCCCUUCAGCAGAAGAAGCUCAUCAAGGUCCCUCUUCUCCUAGGUACUUGCACGGAUGAGGGCACGUCUUUUGGUGUGGGCGGAGUCGAUAACGACGAAGAGGCUGUUGCGCAGCUUAUCACGUCAAAACGAUGGGUGGUAAACACAUUCCAAGCACAAAAGGUCCUCUCCUUCUACCCCGACGAUCCAGCAGUAGGUUCACCAUUCGGCACCGGAAACCGUACAUGGCCCUCUCUCGGCCUCCAGUACAAGCGCUACUCCAGCAUCGCCGGCGAUAUCACCAUGGAUGCGCCACGCCGUCUCCUCGCCGAGACGUAUUCCGCCAAGGGUGUCGACCAAAAAGUGUAUUCCUACCGCUUCGACAGCCCGCUGCAAAACACCACGAGUAAAGUGGGAGUUGGGCACUUUUCUGAUAUACCCUACGUCUUCUCCAACACCGACAACAAGAUCAUCACCGCACUAGGCGACGACCCAUCACACGUUAAGCUUGGGCACCUCAUGGCGCGCAUGUGGGCGAGCUUUGUGACAGACUUAGACCCCAACGGGCAUGGCGUUGACGGAAUUGCGAAGUGGCCGGAUUAUAGGAAAGGGCCGAACAACUUUGUGUUUAGGAAUGAUACGAGCUAUGUGGAGGCCGAUACGUAUAGGAAGGAGGGUAUGGCGUAUAUUAAUUCGUGGUUGAGAUAG